UCCUAACAGGAGGAAUUGGAGGAGGAGUUUAUUACUUUGUUAAGCAAAACACUGAAAGUAAACCACAAAGUUUUGAAGAAAGAAUUCAACAAUUCCAAACCCAAUUAAGUCAAAUUGAAACUUUUCUUAAUAAACCUGAAAAUUCUAGUAAAAAACUUACUUAUUCAACAACGUUAACUACUUUAAAAACUCAGUUAACUAAUUUUCCCUCUUUACCUAAUGAAGAUAAAGAAAAGGCUGUUAAAGAUUUAUAA